AUGGGCGACGAGAAAGCGCAAGCAGCCGAAAGGGCCAUUGGCGAGCAGCAGUACUUCCCACCCCCACCGCCGGGGCCUCCCCGCGCAGGACGGCCAGACGAGUUUCCCCAGCAGCCGCAGUACACCCACGACGCGGCGUACAACCCCCGUAGGACCGCCCCCGAACCAAGUCCCGCCGACGAUGUCGGGCGCGGUGGCGGACGGCGGACAGGCGCACUUCCCCCACCUCCGCUCCAGCAGCAGCACCAGCAGCACCCGGACGAGCACCCCAUUCCCGAGUACAAUCCGGCCACGUACCACGCGGCGGGCCAGGCGUACAACGCGCCGCCCGCGGACCUCCACGCCGAUCUGGUUGACGAGGAGGACAAGAAGCACGGCAAGUCGCGGGCGGGAUGGAGUAGCAAGAUGCACCAGCUGGGCGCGAAGGCGGCGGGGCCUAUUAAUGCGCUGGCGAAUAAGAUGGGGUCGCAGGCGUUUUUGCCGAGUACCAUGGAUAAGGAGUGUGAGAAGGCAGCGGCCAUCCUCACGAGUUUCUGCAGGAUCCAAAAGGAAGGCCAUCGGCGAUCCAGGUCCAAAGAUCGUGCUCUUCUCCGCAUCCCCGGAAAAGUACUACACGGCGCCGUCGGGUUGGCUAUCUUCACUACUGCCCGCGUCGGGUUUCAAUUCUCCGCUGCCACCGGCUCCGGCGUCCUCAUUGCUCGCCUCCCCGACGGUUCAUGGAGCCCACCUUCGGGUAUUCAAGUACACACCCUUGGUGCGGGCUUCAUGGCUGGAGUAGACAUUUAUGACUGCGUAUGCGUCAUCAAUAGUCCUGCGGCCCUCGAGGCAUUUAUGCGUACCCGAGUGAGCUUGGGUUCGGAGAUUGCCGUGGCCGCUGGACCCUUUGGCGCUGGCGGAAAGCUGGAUAUCGGAGCCGGGCCCUACGAGCCCGCGGAGAAGGCCCCCGUGGCCCAGCCGGGAGUGGGCGCCAUCCCUGGUGCCGCCCCCGUCGACCCGACUAAGCUCACGGCGGAUGGACAGCAGAAACCGGCGCCUGGCCACCGCCGAUCGAGCAGCCUCAAGUCCUUGAGUCCCGUCUUUACUUAUAUCAAGUCACGCGGUCUCUGGGCGGGUAUCCACGCGGACGGCACGGUCAUUACGGAACGCAAAGAGGCUAACCAUGCCUUCUACGGUCACAAGGUGAGCGUCAAGCAGAUCUUGCGCGCCGAGGGUUUAGUCCCACAGGAGGCGGCAAUCCAGUGGCCUCGCGCGGCGGGUGUGCUCCUCGACGCUCUAAAGAAGGCGGAGGCGAGAAGGGAAGACGGAGAGGAGGAGAUUAUCGUACCGCCCGCAACUGUCGUACCUGCCGUGGCACAUCCUCCGCCGGCGGCCGCGCACGCCCCGGUCGACCCUGCGCACGGAAGCUACUACAAGGCAGAUGAGGCUAUGGCUUCGGGUGGGGUGAGAUCGGACGUUUUGCCGCCGUACGAAGGUCCGGGCAGCGCAUAUUCUGGUGCAGGCGACCAGAAGGGAGCUGGACAGGGACCUCCACCUACGUAUCAGUAA